AUGAAUCUCACACGUCGGCAGAUUGCACAGCAGGCAAGACGUGAGCGGGAACGAGGUCUGAGAGAGCAGUCUGAACUGGGAAAUGAGGACAUACCAGGUCCUUCAAGACGGGAAGUUGGACAGCGUUCCAGGCGCAAUCAAGAACGAAUUGACUCACAUUGCCGUGCUCGGAGAGACUACAUUGAUGGGACUUCUGUUCAUCAGUUGGGCCGUUGUGAGGUCCCAUGCCCAAAAUGUGCUGCAUUGCACUGGCUUGAGGAACAUGCUAUUAAUAUUGCAGCAGGAGGGGAACGCUCAUCCUUGGCUAAUCCCCUGUUCUCUGGCUGUUGCUCAAAUGGGGCGGUGCAGCUCCCACUUCCAUUGGAACCUCCACUUGAACUUCGAGAUCUCUUGACAGAUCAAACACAUCAAGGUAAGCUGCGACGGGAGCAGCUCCGAAAUUAUAAUAAUUCUCUUGCUUUCACCUCGAUGGGUGUUGAUAAGCAAGACAUGCAAGUUUGGGGACCUCAAGGGAUAUACACCUUUCGUAUUGGCGGACGAGCAUACCACCAGAUAGGGGCAUUACUUCCUGAAGCUGGAGAACAUCCCCGAUUUGCUCAAGUCUUCCUGGCGGGGCUGUCUGAAGCAGAACAGGCUGCUCAGCGAAACAUUCACAUCCGAGGGAGAGGUGAGGAGGGUGUUCUGACCCGCCUGGCGCAAAUGAUAGAAAGGGUGAACCCAUACUAUGCUGCUUUCAAGACUUUCCGUGACCGUGACAGGGAAUCCGAAGAGGACACGCCGAUUCUGUAUCUUACAGUUCUGAAUCCUCUGCAAAACGACCCUCGCAGAUAUAACCGACCUACGUCAGAUGAAGUUGCAUGUGUAUAUGUUGCCGAUGAAAAUGAACCGUCCCCGGGUCGUCACAUUCAAGUUUAUCUGCGAGGCGGUGGGGUUCGCAACAUUAGUGAACUCCACUCAGCAUAUCUUCCCCUGCACUUCACUCUUAUAUACCCUGUCAAGGAUACUGCCCACCCUGGGACAGAGGACAAAGGACAAGGGGACAAGGACUAG